GAUCAGCUGCAGUAGUGUGGAUAAGAAGCAAGAAGUGAAGCACUUGUUUUGCCGGCGGCACAGCGAUUUGACAACGUGAUAAAUACAUACAUACAUAUAUGUAGAUACUAUAAGCAUACAAGAGAACGUACAUAUUUACAUACAUACAUACAUAUGUAUGUGUAUUUAUUCACUUAUAGUAUGUUGUUGUUGGAGAAUUAUAAUUUUAAUUUAUGCCUUCCUCGCCACUCCUGCCUACCUCUACGGCAAUGUCGUCGAAUCGGAUAAGGACUUGGUUUUGCGCAUUUGGCCCGCCAUUGUUUAUCAGGCUACUGGCCAGGUUUGCCGCUCCAUUUUAGAACAUCUGGACACCGAAUAUCGGGGACGUGAACGUGAGACCACCGAAUAUCGUCGCUUCUUUCUUUGCGCUACGCUGAUCACUUGUUUGUCGCUUAUGAUUAGCGGCAUAUUCUUCUCAUCGGCUUGGGUCAUUAUUUCUACAACAACACAAGCAGUGGCUAUAGUAUUCUAUGGAUUCUUUGCGGGAAUCGGUUCUAGUCUCUUCAUUUGGAAGACCCACGUCAUUUUGGAGGCGGUACGUCCGCGCGAGGAUAAGUUUGUUCGCAAAACGAUACAUCUCUGCGGUGAAGCGUUCUGUCAGCUCUUCCUCUCGUUCGUCUUCACAAGCCUACGUACACUGUACGGCACAGCACAGUCCAUAGUUCUCAUGUCCGCUCUAUUAGUGAACCUUAUACCCAUUAGUUUGAUCAUUACGCGUCAUCGCGAAGGUUCCAUAACCAAACGUAUUUCGAUGAUCACAGCGGAGAGCGCAUUUCCGCCACUACAUCACCAGUUGGGCGCCUUCCCACCCAGCAUUGCAGAUCAAAUCGAUGGCAUUGAGGUGCAGUUGCCACGCCCAUGGAAAAGUACAUUACGAGAACAACAUCCCGGACCUGCGACGGCUGCACUUUUUGCCGCAGCAGCGGCAGAAGCGCGUAGCAAUUACAUGCUGGCGGCCGACGAAGCGUAUGUGACCUUUGUAAAUCCGAAUGGUGUAGAGAUUAUGGAGAUUAUACCCGAAGAGGAUGAGACCGUGUCAAUGAUGCGCGGCAGCUCAGCAACGAUUGGUAAGAGUCACUCGAGCGUGGCAGCGUCGCAGAAAAUACAUCCAAAUGCUUCUUCGAAUGGCUUACAACAGCUGGAUGAAGCGGCAAAUGCUGGUGCGGCAGCUGAUGUUACAGAAGCUGGAAAUUUGCACAAAUUCCAACGUUUGUCACGCAAUGUCACCACGCACAUUUGGAAGAGUUUGAAGGAGAAGACUUUGUUGCCAUUGCAGCGCGCAUUGUUAGUGCCGAGGCUUUAUUCGACAACUCUACUCAUGUCGGCGGAUAUUUUUUCGUAUGUAAUGUGUCUAACGGUACUACCAGGGCUGGCGGUCAGUCACCAUGCAAUCAAAAAUGCCGAGAUACCAUUUCUCUUCUCAUUGCUGGCAUUUCCGUGGAUGUGCUUCUCGCUGAUGACGCCACGCUUCGGUAGCAGCCUGUAUAAGCGAAAAAUCGAGUGGCACACAUUGGGCAGCGUAUGCAAGGCGUUGGCGCUGAUUCUCAUCAGCUUCUCUACAUCCAAACUUCAACUUAGCGUUUCUUCUGUGCUGCUCGGUUUUGGACAGUCGGUAACGCUUUUUCUGCAGGAUGUCGUAUUUCAGCGCAGCAUGCCACGCGCCCAAUGGACUGCCAUACGCUCUCCAGUGCAUUUCACUAAUGGUCUACUAAUGUUUGUGUGGGGCGCUUUGGCUCAUUGGGUUGUCGUGCAUUUUUCCUUUCAGGCUAGCGUCGGUUUAGCCGCUAUGCUUUACGUCGUGGGCAUGCUAACAUGGAAUAUGAUUUUCGUUUGCUGUAAUACCAGGGAUUGAAAAAGAUUCUCAUGCGCAACUGUUAAAAAUCCAGAAA